AAAAACAUAUACUUGUGUAACUUACUACACAAUGAAUGAUAAAAUUGUCAUUUGUAUGUAUAGUGAGAUUAAAAGUGUUAGGUUUAGUAAACUAAGAUCUGGUGUGAGAGGUUAAUUUCUAAAUGCUGAGAGUGAAGUGAGGAAACAGAGGAUUCAGUGUUCAUGGAUGAAAGAGAGAUUUAAACCUCCGCAGAGUUUGUGUGUCUGUGUUGUGCGUUUGUGUGGCCGUGUUGUGCGUUCGUCUCUUACAGGGUGAGAUGCUUGAAGCGUCAUGUCGCUGGAACUUGCUGUCGGGUACAAAAAACAGAGCAGGAUGGAGGAUCAGGACAGAGUGAGUCAGUCAUCCAGCGUUGCCACAGUGUCCUUCAUGCCAACCAGAGACAAGUGUCAUGAAAAGGUGCAGACGUUUGGAAAGAGAUGCCAGGCAGUAAAGAGAGACCCAAACUGUCCUGUGGUGAUCAGAGGAUGGCUUUACAAAAGGGACAGCACUGGGUUGAAGUUAUGGAAGAGAAGAUGGUUUGUUCUCUCAAAUUACUGCCUGUAUUAUUAUAAAGACAGCAGAGAGGAAUCGGUCCUGGGCAGUAUUCCUCUUCCCAGCUACAGGAUUCUGUACUGCUCACCUCGAGAAUGCAGGAAUCGCAAAUAUGCAUUCAAGAUUGUUCAUCAGGGGAUGCGCCCGUAUAUCUUAAGUGCAGACACUCAGGAGGAUAUGUUAGGUUGGGUCAGGGCUCUUAGCCAAUCGGCAAACAUGGAAGCUGAUGACAUCAUCAACAGACGCUGUAGCAGUUUUCAGGACUUUACGCAGAUGAGAGAUGACACAGAAAUGGAUGAGGUCCAGCAGACACCCACAUUUUCAGACAGAAACGCUCAGAUGGCAGGAAAACUGACCCGGGUACAGACAGAACCGACUUUGCAUGAUCAACACAUGAUGGGAAUUCAAAUGAAGACACCGGAGCUUAGAGGAAGACACGGAUUCAAACUAUGUGAUCCUGAAGCUAUGCAGCCCUCUCAGAGUUUGGGAAAAACAGACGAAGAGCCUUUUACCUUCCUACUUCCGAGAGAUACCUUGGGAACGCUACCUCCAUUUCCCAGAGAUCAGUUUGGUUUGCAGUGUCAUGGUAAUAUUGAUGGCUGGCCAAUGGAUAACUGCUCAAGUGCUCCUCUAUCACCCUGCAUCUACACAGAGAGAAGACAUCUGCCCGACACUAGUUUUCCAUGUGCAUUGUGUUACUGUUCAAACUAUCACACAGCCGAACACAUGACACUGUGUAAGAUGGGGAAAUCUGACGUUCACAUAGAGAGAGAAAUACAACCAAUCAGAGAUCUGGAGAAUGAUACAGAUGUGGUGCUGACCCGUUUGUGUGGUUGUGAUAAACUCUUACAGUCACUCUCAAAGCAGUUGUCUCAGCUACAAGCAGAUAAAAAAAGUGUGGAGUACACUUUAGAAAUGAAAUGGCUUGAGAUGGAUGAGAUGCAUCCUGAGGAACUGAAAGUAUCCCAGAAGGCUUUGCUUCAGGAGGAACUGGUUACACUCAGAGCCAAAAUAUGUGAUGUGUCAUUGGAGAUGGACCGACUAUGGACCGAUUAUGAACGGAUGGAGAGUGAACUCUCCGUGUUUCAUUCACAUCUCCAACAUAUUUUACAUUUUGGAUCGCAACAGGAGCAGAUUCAAGCCCAGCGACAGCUCUGGAUGAUGGAGGACAUCUUGUGCGGUUUGGGAGUCAAUAAGAAUCGCUUCAUGACAUUAAUGGGUCUACAGACACACGCAGUUCCUCAUCCAAAACCUGUUUCCUACUUUGAAGGAGAGUUCAGAGGUCAUGACAUGGACUGCAUGACUCAACUUGAGCAGCAGGACUUCACGAAAAUUCACCAGAGCUAUACGAGAUGCCCUCGAGACAUCUCUGCCGGUGACGGUCAGACCAACACUGAACAUGACACCAACCUGCACCUGUCCACCGAAACCUCUCACGAGCCGCUGCGAUUGACACGUGUCGUAACAUCGACCCUCCCGACAUCACUCAUCGCCGAGCGCAUUUUUGUAGAGGACCCCUUUCCUGAACAAAUCCCCCAGCAGUCCGGUCUGAAAAACAGCAGGACGAGCAACCUGAAGAAACCCAGCAGAAUGUCCCGCGAGGUGACCGACAAGACCAGACGCUGCCGUUGGGCAGAUCUUUCAGAAGAGAGACAGCCGAAGACACCGAAUCCAAACAGAGAAGUCAAAGAUUCCCAAGAGAAGGAAUUUCCUGCAUUGGUUGGGAAGAACUGGAAAUAUGACCAGCAGCAGCUCGAACCCGGAGCCUUGAGUCUCACGAACAGUGAAUCUGACAGUGAGCUCACCAUGACCUCUCAGAAACCAGAAAAUAAAGUCAGACAAAAGGAGCGUGAAGACAGAAAUCGGAGUGCGGCCACAGGACACUUCACAGACGACAUUCAUCGCUUGGGACUUAUUACAGCCAAUAAGAAAGAGACUGAUACCAACAAGUGCGCACCAGAUUCCGCCUCAAGUAACAGCUACAGCACUGACAGAUGCAAAAUUCAGAGCAACAGCACAGAGGCGGGCGCUCCAAUAACCCCUCAGUGUGAUGACGCAAAAGUGCGCACUAAAUUAGAGAAUAUGACAUCACAACAAUCUUCUCGCAAUGACAUCAUCGUCAUAGAAAGCCACUCCAUCAAUCAUGUUUCAACUCUCACUGUGUUUAAAGGACAUCAGAGAAAUAAUCAAACACACAAACCUCAAAAGAAGAACCGAAGCUCUGACGGACAAAAGUUCACCGUUUCCACUAAUCUGAAAUCAGAGUGCUUUCGGUCGAAAAGGCAGUGGUGCGAGCUCGUCCCCGUCUACCGUAAGAAUCCAAAACCUCAAGCAUCUCUCCUGCCACUGGAAAACCAAGAAACCAAUCAAAAACAAAAUGCUGAAAACACCUCAACUUCUGAAGAAAGCAAGUUAGUUGGACCUUUACGUCCAUCUGGUGUUCAUGAGGAACAAAAUGGAGUAGACUCUGAGGAAGACCAGAGUCCUAAAGAAACACUCACAUUGACAAAACUCAGGGAAACCAAUGGAAAAUCCUUCAAUGACCACAAUCAACCGAUAGACAUUCAACCAAUCACGACAUCUGACGAUCAAUCGACAUGCACUUCUGACCAAUCCAAACCAGACCAGUGCAUCUAUGAGGAAAUCCAGAUGAUCUCACCCACAUCAGAAAAUGCCAAUGAAACACAAAAAUCAAACCUCACAGUAGAUGAUGAAUCUCACUCGCUGAAAUACGCAACUAAGGUUAAUGGAAAGUACAACACAUUAAAUACAGAAGGUAGUAGGUGUCAAGAGGUGUCAAAAAGUAAAACAGGAAGUGAUGUCACAUGGAAACGAGAGAAGGGCCAGAAAGUUUUUAGCUCUGUCAUGAAGAGUUCUGUUGUCAAUCAUCAUGUGCGGGAUUGCAGGCCACGGAUUACCGUGGUAAGCACCAGUCUGUAAAGUGUUAACUUAAGAAAGUUUAAAGGUAAGAGUCAGUUUGACAAAAAAAUA